CACAACAAAUAGGCCAGAAAUACCUAUUUCACGCAUGCACAGCGAAUGCAAAACUAGUUAUGGCACGGCUGCUGCCGCGCAGGUUUGUUUUGCGACAGUGAUGGCAAGUGUCGCAAACGUGUGGGAGGCUUUGGGCGCUGUUCGUUACGUAGAAGGCAGCCGCCUACACUGACCUGGAUAUCUGCAGCUGAGGAGCAUUCUACCGACCUGUUUUGAUAGCAUGGAUUUUAGGACGAGAAUGCAGCGUUUUUGUUCUCAUCUCCAACGGAUAGGCCUUCGUCUUGAAGGCGAUUGUACAGCAAGUGUGAUGCCCCUCUGGUCUGCUGAAUAGUGACGCGAAGAGGGGAUGGCUUCGCAACCUGAUGGACAGUAUCGAUGACUUAGCAAUCAAAAUAAAGGCUGGAUAGCCUCUGUGUGCAAUUUCGAGGCUUUAUUGUCUGCACUCGCUCCACUUGCUUCUGCAUUUCCUGAGUGGAACUGGAUACUAUUCUUGAGUGUGUCGUAACAUCACCGUUACCGACAACAGUGUAUACUUCUCUGGAGCAAGGAAGUGGAGCUGGUGGGCCAGGCUAGCAGAACUUAUUGAAGGAAAGACCGGAGGUUGGGUGACAUUGCCGUCACAAUAAAGGUGCCAAAUAGAUAUGUUUGGAUUUUGAUUGCGGGCUUUUGGGAUAGGACAGUAACGUAAAACUUGGACAGAACGUCAACGGAAUUGUUUUACUAGUCAUGGAGAUCUCCGCCUUCGCUGUUAUUGUGCACACUGCUGCGUAACACGGCUACUUUCGUUUUAUUUUGGAAGCUCCGAACGGAAGUCGUUCCUGGUGGUGCGGGAGUUGAUGCUUGUAGGAAGUGGGAUGUGGUCAGAACGUAUUUACGCUUCUGCCUAAGAUAUGAAAAUCUUUGAAUUAGCGCUGCUUCGGGAGCCCUGUUUCACCACCGGUCACAGCGGGGGUUACGGUGGCGUUGCUGUCAGUCGUUGUGGUCAUUGUCGGUUGUCAGAAACGGCGAACACGACCGAAGCUGCUGUGUUGGUUUCUGCUGGACUGGACCACUUCCAUGAGGGCUUCUCAACCUCACGCCCUAAAAUUUUGAGUGCGGGGCUGCAUUCUGAGCUUACGUAAGAAGAGUAUGUGAAUUGAUACAGUCAUAUUGUUGACUUUUUUUAUUUUAUUUUAUUUUUUUCUUGGACGAAGACUUUGUGCUUUCACCCCCCCUCCCUUUUAUGCAUAUUUGUUGCAAAUGUCAACAACUCAGCGUCAAGUGAUGAUGGAGUCCUCUCUAGCUCUCGGAAGACUGGAACUGACCUCGAGUUCAGGCGCUGUUGGGGUCAGCCUGACCCCGCGACUCUCUGGCGGGCUCCAGGCUAAAGAGAAGUGCGGUCAGCGGCCACUGGGGCCACAAGGCCAGGCUCACCUGAACGGCUGCGUCCCGUUGUCACAUCAGGUGGCAGGUCACAAGUACGGAGUGGAUACCGUGGGUAUUUUGCAGCAUCCAGAUGGAACAGUUCUGAAACAGCUUCAGCCUCCACCUAGAGGUCCACGAGAGAUGCAGUUUUACAGCAUGGUGUAUGCAGAGGACUGCUGUGAUCCAUGCCUUCUAGAGCUCCAGAACCAUCUGCCCAAGUACUACGGUACCUGGUCCUCUCCUGACAGCCCCAAUGACCUGUACCUGAAGCUGGAGGAUGUGACUCGACGCUUUGUCAAGCCAUGCAUCAUGGAUGUGAAGCUGGGCCAGCGGAGCUACGAUCCAUUCGCCUCACAGGAGAAACGGGAACAGCAGAUCAGAAAAUACCCACUGAUGGAGGAGAUAGGCUUCCUGGUCCUUGGCAUGAGGGUGUAUAAGAUGUGCAGUGACACAUUUGACUCAUACGACCAGCACUACGGGAGGGGAUUGGUGAAGGACACCAUAAAAGAUGGCCUGGCUAAAUUCUUCCAUAACGGUGUUAGUCUGAGGAAGGAUGCAGUGUCAGCCAGCAUCCGCAGAGUGCAGUGUAUCCUCCGCUGGUUUGAGUCGCAGCACCAGCUGACCUUUUACGCCAGCUCCCUCCUCUUCGUCUACGAGGGCCUUCCCUCCUCUUCCUCCUCAUCCUCUCUUUCUUCACUUCUAAGCACCCCAUCAAUCAGCCCGACUGCGGGGAAAACCGCAAUGCUGCCAUUGGCGGGCGACAGCAGUCGAGGCGGGGAGGGGAAAGUAAGACAGGAAGGGGCGGGGCAGGAAGAGGAAGUGGCUGAGUACAACAACAACAACAUUCAGGUGCCAGUACCCUGGGACUACAGUCUGAGCACCAUUUACACCAACCACAGGAAAGGUGGCCGUCACCACUGCACCAAGGGUCUUCUCCAUGGCAACAGUGGAGACAGCGACGUUGUGGAGACAACAGCCAGCUCAGUUUCUGGAGGCAGCAUCUCAGCACUGUGUAAAGAAGACAACUCCGCGUGGAAAAGAACAGGUGAGUCGCAACAACCACCAAACGGAAACGGAAACAAAUCACAACUGGAACAGGAGGAUGAGGAUGGAGAGAGGGAGGACAGAGGCAGGAGGAGGAGGGAGGAGGACAAUGAGGAUGUGGAAGCGAAAAGACAAGGAGGCGAUGCAACAGAGGGGAAUGGAGGAGACACGGAGGUGGAGGUCAGGAUGAUUGACUUUGCCCACGUUUUCCAGAGCGAAAGCCCCGAUCAUGGCUACAUCUACGGCCUCAAACACCUGCUGACAGUGCUGGAGCAGAUCCUGUGUGACGCCGCCUAGAGCUCUCACUCCUCUAGACCUCCUCUUUACCUCCUCACCUGCUCAGUGAACCACUGUGUCCCUCCUGUCGGCCUUCCUUUCUUCUCAAAAGACUAAAGCCUUCAAAGGAGAGAGGGAAAAAUCAAAGAAGUGAAUAUUAAAACAGAACCAUCAUCAUCAUCUCACCUGUUUGUGAUGGUCCGCCAGUCAUGUGUGUGUCUGUGUUUGUGUGUGUCUGUCUGUGAGCGAGGUGGAGAUAGUAGAGGCUUACAGUUGUGUUUUCCUGUGAUCAGCAGCACUACAUGCACUAAUCAAUCCAUGAAGGCAUUGCGACCCUGUACUUAAUCACAACACCUUCAGCUGCAGGAGUUACCGAUGCUCACACAAUUUGUCACUUUACCUUAAGUCCAAUUGAAAUGUAUUCAUAGAAAAUAGGGUUCGACAAACAUUUUCAUACCAUAGCCAAUGAAAAUAGCUGCUAGGUUUCUGUUAAAGCUGCAUAUCAGUACACCUCAAAUUAGGUAUUUGCUGGGCAAUAUGUAGUCCUUGUUGGGGAUACUUUAGGAUGCAUUAGUGUUUACACUACAAAAGAUACGUAGUCAAAUGUGUCCCAGACCACCUCGGCCAAUGGUUUGAGUGAUCAGAUCACAAUGUGUCUUGGUUGUCAUUACACUUACAUUUAGCGCUGUCUACUUGCAAUCGAUUCACCCCGGACACAUGUUAAUACCAGGUAUAAACAGGUGAUACAUUUAACAUCAGCUAUAGGAGUUUGCUCAGUUGUCACUGUGAUUAACCUGUCAACAUGCAAGCGUAGUAGCUAAACUAAAACCAUAAAAUUUUUGACAACUGAUGUGUUAAACGCAAGCUAAUGCCGGGUUCACAGUACACGAUAUCAGCCCAAUUAUACCCCGAUGCAGCGUCGUACAUUGUCAGCUCGGAUAGUGAACGGCAAGGAGUGUCAUAUGCGAUAAUCCAUCGUUUCAUCUUGUGUAGUGUGUCAUAGUAGAUGACAACCAAUGCCACGUCUAGGAUGCUUCACAACGUUCCAACAGAAAGUCUAGCAUGUUUGAUUCUCUUUUGCUGUUGACGACCUCUUCCAUCACAGCCGUCACUUUGAUCAAUAGAAACACAGAGCGAUCUGCUGUCAUAGACAAAAGUAUGUCAACAGCACCCCACCCUUUUAGAUAUUUCCUCUAGGGAUGUUACCACACAGAGUAAAAAGGGGAAAAAUGAUGGCACUUCAGCAACCCGUUGAGUACUGCCAUUAGCAUCAAGCUAGCAAAGAAUUUAAUUUCUUCAUGAUGGAGUAUAUAAAGGGACAGAAUUAAAAAAUAGUGUCCGGGCUUUUAUUGUGAAACAUUUGUAGGAAUUUGUUGUGGAGGAUUCAGUGACUCGCACAGUUUUUAAUGUGGUACUUAAAAUGUAGCUUUUUACGUUACUACAACAACAUUUUGGCUGGCACAUGAACAUACACAGUGACUGAAAUAAUAGUAUAACUAAUAAAAAAUAGAACAACAAUAGCCCGAUGACAUCACACAUGUUGUGAAAGAUGACAUGGAAUGAUUGGUGUGGACCAUCAUGUAGUCUGCCAUGUCUGUCGGCCAAGUCAUGGCACGAUUUUAUGACCCCACAAACGUGUAAUCUAACAUAGCGACUGUCAGAACAGACAGAAAUGUUGUGUAGUGUGAAUCAGGCAUAAGGAUGGGAAAUUGGGUCCUCAGGAUUCUACAGUAAUUUUUGUAAUGGCUGGUCCAUCCUUGAAUUUUGUGAUCAGGGUGUGGGCGGAUCCACUAGUUUUAAAAGAUAUAGUCUGAAAAGAGAAUUAGCAAAAAGAGUUUUGUGUGUGUUUUGGUUAAGGCAAGGUGUACUUUGGAUUAUGCAGUCCCAAUGGAAAACUACCUACACCCAAAAUUGAAACCUUUUUCUUUUAUCGGCAUCCUGGGCAUCCACAGUGAUGUACUGGAUUUGGAUCAUUUAGAUUGGCUUGAAAUCUGUGAGCAUCGGGUAAAACAAGAAGUCUGGAGACUGUUGAGGUUCAAGUCCAGUUGUCCUUUUUGUGUUUUUGUUUUAACCACUGUCUACAGGUAUCUAACUCAGGUAAAUUUACUGUAAGAAGAAAUGCUUAAUAUUACUACUAUUAUCUUCUCAGCAAGAUGAUCCUCAUGCUGUCUGGUUGUUCGGUUCUAAACGAUUGUUUUAUAUCGUCUUACUCUAUGUUGAUUUUAUCUCAUGAUUGUCCUUAUCUCAUCCAUGUUGACCUUGGGGUCGUGUUUUUGACUUGCCUAACUUUACAAUGACCUUCCAUGUGGUAUUAUCUUUUACCAUUGCUGUUUUAAUUGUUGUACAUGUUCAGCUGCCAAAUCAACUCCUCCCCCUCCACCUUCUCCCCAGGAGCCUGUGCUCUUUGCUGUGUUUAAUCCAGUGAUAUGGUGCGCCCCAGUUUUAGGAACGGCACUAAAUUGCUGAUGUCAUACCUUGUACUCCAGAUUUGUUUUUUUUUUUGUUUUUUUCACACUUACAUUAUAAGGUAACAUUGCUCAUGGGUUCAGUGCCAUUGUUCUAGCAUUAACCAUGAGUUAAUGUAGUUUGAUUUUAACAAUAGGAAACUCAAGCAGUUCCCUCUCAAAACUGUGGAAAGAUGAUUGAAAGUGUUUUGGGGGUUUGACAGAAGCAACAUGUUAUACUGUAUGACACAUGAUGUGCUGUGAAUGGUUCUCAUCAUAGGACUUCUCCAAGGAUUUUAAGAUUGUAGUAAAAAGAUAUUUGAAACAUGCUGCUUUAAUGCGAGUUGACUGACAGACUCACCGCAGAGUGACAGAAUGCGAAAGAGAAGAAAGACAGCAACUGAAUGGUUUCAUGUCAUGUUUUAUUGUAUUGUUUGGUUUAUUUAGGAUUGGAGCAGAUGGACAGGAGUGUCAGAAUACUGGCUGCCAGUAAACAGAAGUCAGCACCUUUUUACACUAAUCUCAGCUUGAGAAACAAGUUUAAGUCAGUUACGUUUUUUUGUUUUUGUUAAAGUCAUAUUUGGUAGGGUUGACUAAUACAGGUUUUCAGGCUGGUACACAGACUGAUGCUGGAGAUAUUCUGUAUACAUUUUACAAUUCUAACAUGUUUAUGUACGAUGUCAAAGUUAAGUGAAACUGAAUUAAGUGUU